GCCUGCCUUACCUUCUAGUUUAUCUCUCUCUCAUCCAUUGCUGUCUUAAAUUUCAUUCUACCACUACUACUGCUUCACUUUUGCAGUUAAAAAGAAUACAAGGUUACGCUGAUGGGUUUGAUUCCUCUUGCAUUGUUGUUAAUGGUUUUUGUGCUGCCACCAUCAGCAGAGUACGAGCACAGUACAAACCGAAAGAUUUUGCCCAUUUUGAAGCAUUUGGAUUCCAGUAGGUAUGCAGUUGGUUUUGAUGCAGGGAGUAGAGUGCACGUAUUUUGUUUCGAUCAUGGCUUGGCUCUCCUUCCUGUUGGUAAUGGCACUGCUGUUGAGUUUUUUGCCCUGGUAAAACCAGGUUUGAGUGCAUAUGCUGACGAUCCACAAGCAGCGGCUGAGUCACUUGUCCCCUUGCUUGAGGAAGCCGAACGUGCUGUGCCUCAAGCGUGGAGACCCGAGACCCCAGUCAGAGUCGGGGCUACUGCUGGCUUGAGGUCAUCGGAAGGCAAUAAAUCUGAAAAGAUUUUGCAAGCAGUCAGGGAUCUUUUGAGAGAUAGAAGCACCCUGAAGUCUGAAGCAGAUGGGGUUUCGAUUUUGAAGGGCUCCCAAGAAGGUUCUUUUAUGUGGAUGGCAAUAAACUACUUAGUUGGAAAUCUGGGGAAGAAAUAUUCAGAUACAGUUGGAAUAGUUGAUCUUGGUGGUGGAUCUGUUCAAAUGGCAUAUACCAUCUCCCAGGAAAAUGCUGCAAAUGCUCCACAGAAACCAGAUGGACAGGAUCCAUAUGUAAAGGAACUAACCCUGAAGGGAAAUGAAUAUUACCUCUAUGUUCACAGUUACUUGUACUGCGGCUUAUUGGCAGCUCGAGACGAAAUUUUGAAGGUUUCUAAAGAUUCUGGCAAUCCAUGCAUCUUGGUUGGUUAUGAAGUUUUGGCUGAUCGAGUUGGCAACUUCAAACGAAUGAAUGUGGAGCUACAGACCUUCAAAUUGUGCAAGGUUGGAUCCAAAUGAAAAGGUGUGAAUCCCUUCUACCAACUUCAGGUGGUCUUAGGUGACGAUGAUGUCAGAAUUGCUCCGACAAGGCCACAAAAAUAGGCAACUCAGUCAGUUGUGACUGAAACAUAAUAGUGUAAGAACCGACCUUCAUUUCAUGUGUUCAUACACAAAGGCUCCUAAAUAGGUUAUUAUCAAAGGUUUACAACAUUUGUCUCAAAAUCAAAAGGUCGGAAAUGAAUUCAAGACCUCUCAAAACCCUAGCAGAACUCUAUAAAUACCCCUCUUAAGAGAAGAAAAAAUGGAGAAAAGAGGUAGGAAAAUAUUAAAAAAACAAAAACCCAAGUGUAAAGGUUUAAGAGCUUAAUAUAAAGAUUUCAUAAGCUUCGAAAUGGUAGUAAGUUGGUGAAAGGAAAAACUUUCCAAAGAAAACAAAAUAGAGUAGUUGUUUUAGGUAUAUUUUCUAAUCCAAAAGGAGGCCCUUAUGGCCUGCUUGAGUAUAUGUGUGUGUGUGUGUGUGUGUGUGUGUGUGUGUGUGUGUAAGUGAAUAAAUGCUAGAUUAUUAAUCUUUGCGUGAUUUCCAACAUGUAUGUGCCUUUGUUUUGAUCGUAUCUAGUCUGAUUUGGGUUUUACUUUGCUGGGUUUGGGUUAUAGUAUUCUUAGUGAUCUUUAUUUUUUUAUGUUUGAGCCUUUUAGUUCAAAUGUUUUUUAGUUUUUGUGUUUUUUUUUUAUUUAAUCUGUUUUUUUUUUAGUUUUGUUUUAGGUUGUUUUCGGGUCAAAUCAAGAUUUUUGGUUCGAUUUAUGGUCAAACCAAAAAUUUUAGGUCAGCCCGGUCGGGCCAAAAUGGGAUCAAAGGUUUAAGACCCUUUUUGGUUUGUCAUGUUUUUGUUAAAAGUUUUUUUUUGUUUAAGGAUGUGUUUGGAAAACACCCCUUAAACCUAUUUUGGUAGUUUUAUUACAAGGAAAAAUGGGUUUUUUGCUAAACAAAACCUAAAAAAUAAAAAAUAAAACAUAUUUUCUUUUUUUCUUGUGUAUGGCCAAAUUCUGAAAUUUUCAUGCAUAUUUUAUUUUUUUAUACAAAAAUUGCAUUUUUAUCAUACCUUGAAGAUAAAAAAAAUACAAGAAUCAGUGAAAAUGUAUCAUAACUAGUUUAUGAUUAUCCGUUGAAACUUGGUCUCCAUUUCAAAGACACCAAAAAACUUUAUUUUGUUUCUUUUAAUAUAUGAGGUUAUGAACUUAUACGUAAGAUGUUUUCCCGAUAUUAAAUAAAAAAAACAGUUCAUUUUAUUUUUUAUAUUUUUAUAUUAGAAUGGUUAGGUUAUAACUUGAUAAGAUAAACAUCUUUUAUUGAGGAUGACUUUUCUUAAACAUUAAAUAGACCAACGGUAAAAAAAUAUAACAUUACCUUAGUUUACUUUUCUUAAAUAAUACAGCUUAUCUUAGGUAAGUCGUACUAGGAGGCUGAUAUCUUUUCUUUAUACAAUCAGUCUCCUUACCCAAAACUAUAAGACCAAUUAGGAUUUUUAGUAAUCAAAAUAUUAAGUGGCUAUUUUUAUUUUCUCUUUUUUACUAAUAAAUCAUAAAAAUUCAUUAUUGUUUCCAUCCAUAUUAUUCUAAAUAAUCUCGAUCCAAGAUAAUGAUUGCCACGAGCUGCAAAUUGCGACAAGAGAAAGAGACUAGAAUUUAUGAAUACUUAUUUUAAAUAAAAUAUAUUAAAUAAUAUUUUUUUAUCUUUUUUUACAAAAUGGCAUGUGAUUUUAUCUCUUCUCAUGAACCAUAAUAUCCCAUAUGCGACUACUAAACAAACAAAAGGUUUUUGACAAGUAAAAGUAGGCAAAGCCCAGAAUGACAGCAAGCAUCUAUACCGGGCGAGACAAUAGAUGGGUAAGAGAGCAAGCCCACAAUUAUCAACACGAAAAAAAUUGAAGCAGUGGCUGCAGUGCACGUGAAUAAUCAAGUGCAGAUCCGGCCUAGUAAAGGUGAUAUACUUGAAAUGCCGUUCAUCAGAUACCUUCUCUCUUCCUGGCAAUUUCACUCAGACACUUGAAAUUUCAUUGGUUGAUAGCGAAGAAGAAGCAACUUCCAUCACUCCAGCAAAUGGUGAACUAUCAAUUUGCUUCUCGUUGAUCUUUUUACAUGUAAAUAACACUUUGUUUGCUUCAACAAGUCAUUUUCACAAACAGUUUGUGCUCCAUUCUGUGAUCUUUUAUUUCUUCUUCUGAUGCUUAGGCUUUUGAAAUUCUCGAGUCAUUGCUAGAAUUACAAGAUUAACAUUAAUGGGUUCUUCGGUUCUAGAUUGUAAAAAACCCGCAUUGCAGAUCCAAUCACUGGAACAAAUCCACUUUAGUGCAUUGCUUUGCGGUAGGUAUGAAAACAUUUCUUACUCAUAGAAAUGACUUAAAUUUGAUAUGGGGACAUCGAGUUUUUUCGGUCUGUUUUUCACUCUUUGCCGGUAUAAGAAUGUGCAAGAUGCUACCACUUGAUCUUUUGCGAUAAAGAUGUUGUGUACCAGCUUAACUCAGGGUGCUUCUUAGGGAAGCUCUCUCUUAUGACAAUGAUGGCUUCUAACUUUCUCACUUCAUUGAAUAAUCCAUGCACGAAAAGCCGAUGAGGCUGAAGGGGUUUUGGAUUAUUUCUUGUGGACUCAUGGUACAUCCUCCCUAUGAUUUACAAACUUGCUGUGAAUUCUUUUGUAUUCUCAUUACAGGGGAAGAAAUGUGUGCACUCUUCAAGAAGGUGAGAGAGAGAUGGGAUGCCAGCUGAUGUAUGCACAUCAUGUCUAAAAUUCUGUCUAUGGCAUGAAUAUGACAAUGAGUUUAGAUUGUGAGAUGAAAUGCGAAUGUUUCAAGUCCUGAUCGUAGCUCAUUUGUUUUGUUGGUAUAUUAGUUUUUAUAUGGAAAGUUGGAUGCAGCCUGCAAAUAUUGCGGUUUGGAACAAACAAAGAAUGGCUAUUGCUACAACUGAAGAUAGUUGAGAUGCUCUGGUACUUGCUGUCUAGUAAGCAAAUAACUGAUUCAAGAGGUGAUCAAUUGUGUUGCAGUCAGACAGUAAAUCAAACCAGAACCAUCUCUAAGAAAACUGAUAAUGGGAAAGACUUUCUCCUGCAAGCCGACUCUAAAAGAGUUGUGAUAGCCUGAGAGGGAAUGGAUUUUCUUUUUGGAGCGGUUGGUUCUUGUUUAAUAUAUUAAAUCUCAAUCAGCAGUUCUCAACUUACAGCAUCGAAAGCUCUAUGAACUCAUGUACCACUUUUUAACUCACUCAACUAAAUGCCAAUCCCAAGCUAGUUGAGGAUGUCAUUUUCAAGGCUCAAUAAUGGGGCUUCAAUCAACUUCAUUUUCAUUUGAGUGGGAAGUGGCAUUACUAUGCCAGUCAGUUAUAUCAGUGCUCUUCUUUUGACCAAGGGUUAUCACCAUCAAUAUCAUCGUGAGAGCAUGUUACCAAAUACCAACUGGUUUUAAGAGAGUAGUCUGUUGGAUGCCAAACCACCGUGUAGCUUGAGGAACACCAGACGCUGAACAGGGGACAAAGAGUAGUAACAGGAAGUUAAAAUCUGGCUUCUCGUCUUUGUUUUCUGCGCAAGGACCAAUAGGUAUUGAAAACAAGCUCUCCAUUUCUUUCUCUAAAGCAUUUUUGCGAUAAGGUUAUGGAGAAUAAUCCAUAACCUGUGGAUUCUUGUGAGUUCCAUGUUUGGCCUAACUCAUUAUGUUGUGGCUCAAAUGAGAAACCCGGUCCUUCAACAUUUGACAUGGGGUAGCAACUAGCUGCUAGGUUAGGUGAGCUACAUGUUGAUAACGACAAGGGGUCAUAAUCAACUAUGACCUUUUCAUGGUUGGAAAUCAGCUAGCUAUUGCAUGUUCAUACUGCAUGCUUGUCAUGCCUAUUGACUAGUCCAACAUACAUCUGUGCAUCACGAUCUUGCGUUCACAGUCAAGGAGAUAACAACCAAUCACAUGUCAUUCUAGUGCAAAUGUUUUCAAGCUGCAUCGCACCAUGCAUGUUUGGAUGAAAAGAUGUGGAAUCAAAUGCCUAUGAAAUACUUUUUCUUAUCAAUAUAAUGAUCAGAUAAGGAUGAUUUUGGCUUUUGAUGGGAGUGGCGAACCAGGGGAGUUUUCGUUUCUGUUUCUACCUUUGAGGUUAAUUGAAAGUCAAGGCACUCAGAAGAGCGUGGGGUGUCCUAUUGACCAUCCAGGAGGAAUACCUUUAAAUUCUCAUCUGAUAUUGGCUUUACCUUUACCUAGGUAUUCUUUGUUCUUCUGUCCAUCUAUAAAGCUCAAAAACUGCGACUUGGACAAAAAUCACGGGCUACUUGUCAAGGGACGGCGAGAAAAAAUAAGUUUUAUAUUCCAUUUUUGGCACGUGGGUAUGUGAAUUCUAGCUGAACAAGUUACCUAGUAUAUGACUUGUCCAAAAAAUACAGUUACCUGUUAUAUGGGAAAGGAGAGCAGAACAUUAGAGAAGUGAAAACCCCUGAUACUUUUUCUUUACAUCACACAUGACAUCAUUCGGAGCAUAAAUCUUAUUCCUCAUGGUAAAUGAUAUAGCUGGAAUUGAUUAAGGGUUGAUUUUGAGCGGUUAGGGAAUAAUUUAUUGCAGAUAGAUUAUAUGGAUACCAUAUCAGAUAUGUUUAUGGACAUGUUUAAACAUAAGAGAAGGUCUGGUAACUCAUGGUUAAAAAAUCAUAACUUUUUAUCUGACUAUUAGAUUAAAUUUAAUUUUCUUACAGGAAUUUCUGGAGGUUGUUUUUUCUAUAAUAGCCCACACGUGAAUUGUCGGAUCUUGAGAUAUCAAAAAUCUAAGUCGUGGGGCUGUUUUGGGUCAAUUUUGUUGUUUUUUUUAUUUUAUGUGUUGUUUAGGAAUUCAUGAUUAAUUUGUUUGUAUUUUUGGAUUUUUAUUUUGUUUUCUAGUUGGGAUAGGUUUUAUGAGCUAAUUAAGGUUUUGUAAACCUUAGAAGGAGACAAUCUUUAUCAAUAUUAUUUUCCUCAA